UUACCCAAAUACAAGAAGAUAACCCAAUGUCUUCCAUGUGAAUCCUUCCUUCCUCGAUUCUCAUCUUCUGGGUACCCUCUAAUCUCUCUCUCUCUCCUUCACGGGUUCUCCCAAAGUUUCCUGCUUUUUGUAUAAAGCUCUCGUCUUUGUGUCCCUACGAUGAUGAUAAGAUUCUACUGUUUAACAUUGAUACUUGCUUAGAUUCGAUCAAUUAAUUAAACCGAAAAAGGAUCUUAAUUUCGCAUCUGUAUGUUGCCAAAGUGAUCAUCUUUGGUGUUUUAUUUUGUGCAGCUUCUUUGUGUUCAAAAAGAUCUUCUGAAAACGAUGUCGCUUUUGUCGAAGCUACGGUGUAUCACAGUAGAUGUAACUGGCACGCUCAUUGCAUACAAAGGGGAGCUUGGUGAUUACUACUGUAUGGCUGCUAAAGCCGUUGGCUUGCCUUGUCCUGAUUACACACGAGUCCACGAAGGUUUCAAAAUUGCUUACACAGACAUGGCUCAGAAGUAUCCUUGUUUCGGUUUCUCCAAAAUGUCAAACAUUGUCUGGUGGAAAACCUGCGUGAGAGAUUCAUUUGUCAAGGCAGGGUAUGACUAUGAUGAGGCAACGUUUGAGAAAGUGUUUAGAAGAAUCUACUCAACGUUUGGUUCUGCUGCACCUUACUCUGUCUUUCAAGACUCUCGACCUUUCUUGAGAUGGGCACGCGAGAAAGGGCUUAUCGUUGGACUUGUUAGCAACGCCGAGUAUCGUUAUCAAGAAGUUAUUUUACCUGCCUUAGGUUUGAACAAGGGAGAGUGGGACUUCGGUGUGUUCUCUGGUAUGGAAGGGGUAGAGAAGCCAGAUCCGAGGAUAUACAAGCUGGCGUUAGAGAGAGCGGGGAACAACAUUGCGCCUGGAGAGGUUCUGCAUAUUGGAGAUAGCAUGCGUAAAGAUUAUGUUCCGGCAAAGAGUAUUGGGAUGCACGCUUUGUUGCUUGAUAGGUUUAACACAGAAGCUGCUAAAGACUGGAGAGAAGCUGGAGCUGUUGUGCUUCCUGAUUUAGUUGCUGUUCAACAGCUUUUGGAGUCUGACAAGUUGAAAUGUUAAUGAAGAGACCUCUCUCUAAUGUAUUGCACAUUUUGGCUCUUUAUUCUUCUUCUCAUGAGUAAAAAGAGUUUCAAAGGCCUAUGAUUUAAUCUAAGUCCAACAAGGUGGAGUUUAUAAUA